CUUAAUUCCCGAUAGGCAGCGUUCCGCGGACGCUUCCUGUGUUUUCUUCCGCGUCUUAUCUAUUCGUAAACACUAAUGUAUACAAUUCGUAAAUAUCGUCGUGUCAUUAUCUAUAGAGAUCUACAGACGGUGUUCUGUACUCUCUAGUCCGCUGGUGACCACCGAUCGCCGUGUACGUACGCCGCAGCUCGCGGUCGUCGUGUCGAUCGACAUGAAUCGGCGUUUGACGAUGUCGUGGUGGUGUGCAAUGCACGACGGUUUUUGCUCAGUCCUAUGAUAGAGAUCGUGGUAUGGGUGUAUGCGCGGGUCUCGAGGGUCCAGAUCAGAACAAAUAUCCGUCUUCGUAGCGUAUUAUAUCAUUGUCGCGAAGGAUCUCCGCGACAAAAAAAUUUACGUGACGCAAACCCAAUCGACGCCUCGUACGUCGUCGUUUGUUGUGAAUCCUUAUCACGGCGGUGCGGCCCUCCUGUCCGGUGCAAACCGUCGUUUGGGAUUUAAUCGAUAAUAAUAUUGUGUUUUAGCACGACAUUAUAUAUUAUUAUUAUUACGAUAGUGCAAUAUGCUGUAUCAUAUACCUACACUUUUUUUCUCUUUGUUCUAACAUAGUAACGUAGAUAUUAUACUUGUUACCGUGUAUGUGUACACCGUCGUAAUUUUUCAAUCGUUUUUUUUCUAUUAUAUUCUACCACGAUAAUUAAUUAUGGUGAAUUUUUGAUUUUCAGUAUUUUUUUAUUUUUUAUAGCCGUUUUUACCGUUUCAAUAUUAUAUUAUUACUAAUGUUUCUUCAGGACUGACUAGUGGUGACCUCGAUUUUACGAAUUUUUUGCCCAACGAAAUCUAUAUUUUACUAUUGAAAUUUAAACAGUUGUUUAUGAUCAAAACUGAUAUCUUAUUCUUAUCAAGUAAUCAGUGAAUACAAUGUUCUAGUUGAAUCUUGGUAACCAACUUCGAUUUGUGUUCUGGUUCCAAAUAUUUACUAUUUAUUUAUAUAGUUGGUGUUAGCAGUGUUUAAGUAUAUUAUGUUUUUAAUUAACAAGACUUCAACCAUGUCUGAAAACGAAGGAACAACUAUUGUAUUAGAUGGUGGAUCAUCUGCAAAUACUAUGAUUGAUGCGACUCACAUAAAGUUGGAGGCUUCAACCUCUGGCACUGAAAAUAUAACCGAUAUACAAAAUUACUUGGAUUCAUUUAAUAAAGAAAUUGAAGGAAAUGAAGUAACACAAGUACAAACUGAUGGGGACUCAGUAGAACAUGCAUAUUUCAUUGAUCAAAAUGUCCAAUAUUAUUAUCAAACAACUACUGGAGAUGGCCAGAUGGUUAUGGUUGGAGGACUUUCGGAACAAGAUGCACAAAUGAUGGCUGAGACAAAUGAAAAUAAUAUGGAUAAUGUCACUCAAAUUGUUCUGCCUAAUGUACAAGAUAAAAUUAAAAAAGAUAUCCCUCAAAUUGUUGCUUUAGCAGAUGGCAGUGGGUAUCAAACAGUAACUCUAGUUCAAGCUGAUGCUGAUGCCAACAAUUAUGUACUUUAUGUAGUCAAACAAAAUGACAAAAAUGAUGAAACUCCAAAUGUUAUGGAGAUGUCACAAGAAGAACAUGAUCCAGAUGAUCCCGAUGUUAGUAAUGUAUAUGAUUUUAAUGAUGCAGAAGAUCCAACUCUACCAAAAAAACAAGAAAUAGAAGAUUCAGGUGAAGAAGAUGACAAAUCUAAAAUAGUUAAAUUAGUACCUAAAAAGUCACAAACAGUAACUCAAGCACAUAUGUGUAAUUAUUGUAAUUACACUACUGGAAAAAGGUAUUUAUUGUCUCGUCAUAUGAAGUCUCAUUCUAAAGAACGUCCACAUAAAUGUACUGUUUGUGAACGUGGUUUCAAAACUCUAACUUCUUUGCAAAAUCAUGUGAAUACUCAUACUGGAACAAAACCAUAUCAAUGUCGAAGUUGUCCAAGUGCUUUUACUACAUCAGGAGAACUUGUUAGACAUGUUCGAUAUAAACAUACUCAUGAAAAACCACAUAAAUGUACAAUAUGUGAUUAUGCUAGUGUAGAACUUAGCAAAAUGAGAAAUCAUAUGAGAUGUCACACCGGUGAAAGACCAUACCAAUGUCCGCAUUGUACUUAUGCAAGUCCAGAUACAUUUAAAUUAAAGCGCCAUUUGCGUAUACACACUGGUGAAAAGCCAUACGAAUGUGAUAUCUGCUUUUCUAGGUUUACCCAAUCCAACAGUUUAAAAACACACAGAUUAAUCCAUAGCGGUGAAAAGCCUGUAUUUAAAUGUGACCAUUGUCCUGCUACUUGUGGGCGUAAAACUGAUUUACGUAUACAUGUACAAAAGCUUCAUACUUCUGAUAAACCUAUUAAGUGCAAACGAUGUGGUGAUGCAUUUCCUGAUCGUUACCAAUACAAGGUUCAUUGUAAAUCACAUGAAGGGGAAAAAUGUUAUAAAUGUGAGCUGUGUCCUUAUGCUUCCAUGUCUCAGCGUCAUCUUGAAACUCAUAUGUUAAUACAUACAGAUGAAAAACCAUUCCAUUGUAAACAAUGUGAUCAGUCAUUCAGACAAAAACAAUUAUUACGCCGUCAUCAUAAUUUGUAUCAUAAUCCAGCAUAUAUACCACCUCCACCACAUGCCAAAACUCAUCAGUGUAAUACAUGUCAACGAUCAUUUAGACAUAAAGGAAAUUUAUUAAGACAUAUGGAAGUACAUAUGCAAGAAUCAACUGGAAAUGAUCGAAAUACAGCAAUAAAACAAAGAUUAGAGUAUACAGAUUCAGCUAAUGAAGAUGAAUCUGAGGAAGACACAAGUAUUCCAACAAGUGAAACUGGAGUUGUAGCAGUAGAAGGUGAAGAUGGACAGCAAUAUGUUGUGCUUGAAGUGAUUCAACUUGAUGGUCAAGAUCAGAUAGGUAGUUACACAGCCUCAAGUGUAUCAUUACAACAAGUUGACCAAUCUUCUUCGCCAAGUCAAAAAGACCUUACAAUUUUAAAAACCGCAUCUUUAUCAGACGUGAAAGAAGAAUGUGGUGAUGGUGUUGAAAAUUGUUUUGGUUUUGAUGAUGAAGAUGAUGAAGAAACAACAAACUCAGGUGGUUAAAAGUAAUUUUAUUUUAAAUGUAAAAUUUUAUCUCAAACUUUUUACAUUUCCUUUUAUAUUAUUUGUGUACCGAGUUUUAUGUUCUUAGCAUUUAUGUCAUAAUAUUGAUGUAUAGUGUAUAUAUUGAACAAAAUUCUCUAUUAAAGCCUAUAUAAUUGAUGUUGUACUAGAUAAAAAUUAAUUGAAUCUUUGAAAUAAGUAUCCAAUUUUAAACGGCAAUACAUUUUAUUAUACUACUAUAGUUAUUGAUUUGUUUCUAUGUAAUAUACUUUUACGUAUUUCAAUUUUGUAUUUUGCAAAAAUUUAAUGUAAAAUACUUAAACUAAGUCAUUAGUGAUUAACAAAUUAGCAUAUUUAUAUUCAUAUAUUAUGGCUUAACUUAUUUUAUAAUUGAUUUUAAAUUGUUUUUUAUUCGAAUUAUUUAUGAAUAUAAUAUAAGCAAACAAAUGUACCAACUAACUGUUAACAAAACUAAUAGUCAAUUCAACAUCGCUGAUUUGUGUUUUAUUAUAUACAUGACCUAUUUUAAUGCAUUUUUUACUGUGUGAAAAAACUUAUAAAAGUAGUUUGAUACCAAUUAUCUAGUGUUUAUAAAUAGCAUUUUCAAUUAAUAAUAGUACAGAUUUUUUUUUAUUGUGAAGUUCAUAUUUAAAAUAUGAUUUAUUUUAAUUAUACAAUAUUUAUUUAAAGUUUAGUGCUUUUUUUUUUAGUGUAUUAUGACAUAACCUAAAGACCUUUAUUAAAAUAUUGAAUAUUUUAAAGACUGCACUUAUUUAUCUUGAAUAAAGAGAUUGAUAUACCUAGUAUUACUUUAUAAACACUAAAAACGAUUCCUAAUUAUAUUUUGUAAAUAUAUAUUUCUUACUUAUAGGACUCUAUUGACAUAAUUUUAAUUUGUAAUUAUAUUUUGUUUCUAUUUGAUUAUGUAUUUUUAAAUUAUGUAGUUACAUUCCCAGUCCCGAUUAUAGUAUGACCGUGGAAGUAUAUAAAAUUAUUUAAUUUUAAUAUUGUGUGCCAGUUGUCCAGAUAUAUUGUAAGCAUGUGCACUUUUUAUUCCUAAAAUAUAUUGAGUGCUGUUAAUUGUUAUGCAAUUAACAAAUAAAAUAUUGUUAACAUUAA